AUGAGGGAAGGCGGGGGGUUAAACCCGCCAACUGUGGAUGAUGAGAAUGGCAUCAGAGAGGAUGAGGAGCACCUAGAGGAUUCGGAUGAUGCUGGUCCUUCAGCUAUGGAAAAGCCCAUGUACAACAGCAAAACAUACGUGACUGAUGGAUUUUCUCAUGGAUGCUACUGGAAAUCUAGCGGCAAAUUCGAAAUCUACGCUGAUAAUCUGAUCCAUCAGCAGCAGGCAAACUUUGAGACAAAAAUGAAUCAUCAGCAUUUCACCACUAGCAGCAGCAGCAAGGGCGCCACCGGCAGCAAUUUCACCAGCAGCACUGGCAGUCACAAUCCGGGCCAUCACCAGUACACGAACAGCAGCUCCAGUGGCGCCCCCUACAGUGACAGUGGCGGCAUCGGCGGAAGUUAUUACACCAGCAGCGCCACUGGUUCCCGAUCUUCCGGUGGCGGUUAUUCCGGCUACAAUCAAUCUUCCGGCUACGCAACAACAACAACGGCGGCCAAAGACGAUGGCGGUUUGUACGGCGGGGGAAGUGGCUACAACAACACCAACAGCUCCAGCUCCACCUAUUAUCCACAAGCUUCCCGAGGAAACGCGACUUCCGGUUCGGAUGGUGCGAUCCGAAGCGGCCGGAAGUUGCCGAAUGUUGGUCACGAGGGAGCCAUUACGGUGGGCAGUGGAUCGGCGCGCAAUGGCAAACGUCAGCUGCCGAACGUUCAGGGCCGGAGUAGUUCCUCGUUGGAUCAUUCCAGUGACUAUCGCUUGGCCACCCAGUCGCCUACGGGCCGGAAGCUGCCGGUGCCGCAGCGAGGUAUGAAGACGGGUGCCGGAAUGGCCGGAACUCUGCCCGGGCAACCUCCGUUGAUCGAUAAUUUCAACAUCGAUCUGUCGCUCAAGACCCGCAAGAGCAUCUCCGGUCCGAUCGACGAGGAUAGUCUGAAUCGUUUGAAGCACAACAUGUUCGGCAACUUUGGUGUUGGUGGCCAAAACAACAAGGAGAACAACUUCAUGACGACCUCGUCGUUUUACAUGAACAACGGAGGAGUUCCGGGCGUUGGGGGCGGUAUGAACGACAUGAUGAUGGACGAUAUGGACGAUGAGUAUUGUUACAGCGAUUUUACCGUAACCUCGCAGAUUACCUUGUCGAGCAGGAAGAUCAAAAAGCUCCCGAAGAUCGGGGGAAUGGCGAGGCAGGGAGCUGGUAGUCAGCCGAAGAACUCACAGUCCAUGUCGUACAUUCCGUCUGACGGCGGUUAUAAUAAGGGAUGGAAUGAUAAUUCUUACAAUAAUCCCUUGUAUAACGAGAGCGAUUACUACGAAGAUGAUGUUUAUAAUGGAGGCAGUGGAGUUCCGGCCAUUGGGUAUAACGAUGGAUAUUCGUCGUACAAUGAUCACGAUGGGUACGGAGGAGGAGAAGAAGUCGUACCGAAGGCCAAGAAAAUGUUGCCGACCGUACAGCAUAAUAGCAGUAGUAAGAAGACGUCCGGCCAGAAUCAUGAGUUGGGUUAUCCCUACAAUAAAGUGACAUAUCCAACAACGACGAGCAGCUCGUCCAGCACAGGUGUAGUGAAUAGUUAUCGCGAUGAGUAUGGAAGUAGUGGCCACUACAAUGGCCACCAGGAGAGUAGCUAUGAUAAUCAUGCAGGAGUUGUGGUUGAGAAACGCCACGAAGCCGUAACGAAGGGAAGUUUGAUGAAUGAUCGUGUGAGUGCGUUGAAGAAUCGGAGCCGAAGCACGACUCCGGUAUCGACGAGUGGAUCCAGUGGCAGUGGCAGUGGCAAACAGCUGCCUAAUACGGCAAACAUGACAAGCAAUAGUAGCUAUAUAAACAAUUAUCAGUCGACAGGCUACAAUGACACAAUGACUUCGUCGGCGUCGGCCAAUUCGUAUUCCGGCGGCCAGCAGACGACGUCUUCAUCGUCGUCGUACUAUUCGACGGCAGCCAACAGUCAGUAUUCACAGAACAACAUUCACACAACCACACCGAAACUGUUGCCAAAGCCAGUGCAAAGCAGCAAUAAUAGCAGCAACAGCACUAAUACGAGCACAACAAAAAACACCAAUUUUCUUGCCAGUCCGGAGAAGAAGCCACCUUUGCGGCGAUCCCCGGAGAUGUCCGAUCCGUACGAUAAUCACCUGGACCCGUACGAUAUGGGCGGUUCACAACAGUAUGGCAGUGGUCCGGUCCAGGCCCAGGUCACAUCCACUUCAUCAUCAUCAACCAUGGCCAAUUCCCGGAACCACGAGCUGGACCCAUAUGUGAACGACCGGCGUGGCAGCUCGUACGGAGAUGUCCAUCGCAAUGAUCCCUACAAUGAUCCUUACGAUGUCCAUCAGGACGAUCCGGAUGCCUACGCCGUGGCUGCUACUCUGAACGAUGACGAUAUUCUCUUGGAUGAACCGAGCCUUAUGCCGGCCACAAAGAAACCCGGCAAAGACGGCCAACCCAAGAAGCAGCUGCACUUUUUCGAUGAACGUGAAGAAUGCAUCGACGAAGAGCUGGAACAGCUGGAACAGUCGGCUGCCGAAAAGUUAGCUAAGCAGCAGCAGCAAAACCAAUCUCAACAACAGCAACAAUCACAACAAGACCAAAUGACCAUGAUGAAUGGCCAUCUUCCGCCGGUCGAUAAGCUCGAUGCGUCGAAGGCGGCCGCAACGAUAGUGUCCGGAAUGGAAGCAGUGGCGGCCGACAUUGGUAAGGACAUUUCGCAGCUGACGCAGGGCAAGCGGGAAAACUUCAACGCUCGGGAUAAGUGGCUGUGGGCGUACGAUCAGAUCAUAAACUGGAUGUGGAUCAACACUAAACCGCCAAUCAACGGUCGAAUACAUUUCGGAUCUUCAAAAGAAUCGUCAUCACAGCAGCAACUGAAGACAUAG